GUUGUUUCAUACUUUGAACCACUAUAUGUGGUGCUUCGAAUCAUUGAUUCAGAAGUUGUUCCAACAAUGCCGUUUGUGUACGAGCUUAUGCAAGUGAUGAAAGAAAAUCUCAAUCGUCAACAAAUUGGCGAUUGGAUCUUCAAAAUACUUAAAGAUCGUUGGGAGAAAACACUAAAACAUCCACUUCAUGCAGCAGCAUACUUCUUGAAUCCAAGGUUUCAAUAUAGGCGUGGAGUUGGUAGUGAUCCAUAUUUAAUUCAAUCAGUCCAUGAAGUAUUUGCUAAAUUAGACCCAAAUGCUGAAUCGGUUGGUCAAUUUGGAAAUGAGCUUGUGCUUUUUCGAGAUGCAAAGAGAGGAUUCAGUGAUCGAGCGGCGAUUGCAUCAAGGUCAACCAUGGUGCCCGCUGAAUGGUGGUUCAUGUAUGGGAACCAAACACCUAUAUUGAGAAAUUUGGCCAUUAAAGUUCUCUCACAAACUGCGUCAUCUUCUGCUUGUGAAAGAAAUUGAAGCACAUUUGCUUUA